AGUAUAGCAUGCCAUGCAUGAUGACUACCAAACACUGGAUCCGGGGAAAUGCUGUGAUAUUGAACAUGGGAUGGUAAUUUCCUCCCGAAAGACUCUAUCGAAUGGGUGCUCUGAUACAUUAUGUGGGUUUGGCGUUGUCAUGUCCCAAGCGAUUUAAACUUAUGCCUUUGGCAUCGGGGGUUAGAUGCUCCGCCAAAUUUGAGGUUUCGACGCGACAACUGCUCCAGCAAGUAGACAAGGAGCUUUCAAGUGGGGAUGAUAGAGCUGCACUCGCACUUGUCAAGGAUUUGCAGGGCAAGCGUGGUGGGCUUCGAUGUUUUGGUGCAGCCAGGCAGGUGCCUCAAAGACUUUACACCUUGGAUGAAUUGAGGUUGAAUGGAAUAGAAGCACCGUCUCUUUUAUCACCGGUGGAUGCAACUCUUGGUUCUAUGGAGAGAAAUCUACAGAUUGCUGCUAUUUUGGGAGGGCUUGUUGCAUGGAAUGCCAUUGGACUUACCCAACAAGAAGUCUUCUAUGCUGCUUUGGGAUUGCUAUUUCUAUGGACCCUAGACUCGGUCUCUUUCAACGGAGGACUUGGUAACUUGCUUCUUGAUACAGUUGGUCACACCUUCAGUCAGAAGUACCGCAAUAGGGUUAUUCAACAUGAAGCUGGUCAUUUCUUAAUCGCCUAUCUGGUAGGAAUUCUUCCCAAGGGAUAUACACUUUCUAGUUUGGAUGCUCUGAAGAAGGAGGGAUCUCUCAAUGUUCAAGCAGGGACUGCCUUUGUGGACUUUGAGUUUGUUGAAGAAGUUAAUGCUGGAAAAGUAUCUGCUACAACAUUAAACAGAUUUUCAUGUAUAGCCCUGGCUGGCGUUGCAACUGAGUAUCUGAUAUAUGGAAUUGCCGAAGGAGGUCUUGAUGACAUAAGAAAGUUGGAUUUGUUGCUUAAAAGCCUGGGCUUCACACAGAAGAAAGCAGAUUCUCAAGUCAGAUGGUCUCUGCUAAAUACAGUCCUGCUUUUGCGUCGACAUGAAGGAGCUCGUGCUAAGCUGGCUGAGGCCAUGUCCUUUGGAAAAUCUGUAGGGUCCUGCAUUGAAGUCAUGGAGAAUUUCAUUGAUGAUUCAGAUAUCUGAUUGAAAUUGUGUCCGUAUGUAUAGUUACGGCUGAAAGCAAGUCCACUCAAUUCAGUUUCCUUGUUGAAAAGUUGUGUUUGGAUGGAUGCCCCAAGGGCAGGUGACUGGGUAGGCACAGAACAAUAAUAAAUAGAUAAUGAUUUCGAACUAAA